AUAAAAAGUGAUUGAACUGCUGUGGAAACUGGAAGUGUGAACUGUGAAGUGCUAAGUGCUGAACAAAAAGAACACUUUUAUUUAUAUAGCACAUAGAAGAAAUAAUAAACCACUGGAAUUAACAUGGUUCAAAAAGCACUGUUCGUUUGUUUAGGUAACAUUUGUAGAUCCCCAAUCGCAGAUGCAGUUUUUCAACAUAUUGUAAAGGAAAAAGGUAUUGCAGAACAAUGGGCAGUAGACAGUGCAGCUAUUGGAGGUUGGCACUCUGGGAGUCGUCCAGAUUCUCGGGCUAGGAAAAUUUUAGAAAACCAUAAUAUUCCAUACAAUGGAAGAGCCAGACAGAUUGAAGAGGAGGAUUUCAAAGAAUUUGAUUAUAUAUUUGGAAUGGAUGAAAACAAUAUAUCUAAUUUGAAAGAUCAAGCUCCUAGAGGUAGCAAGGCAAAAAUACUGUUAUUGGGAGAUUUUGAUCCUGAAGGUGACAGAAUUAUAAGAGAUCCUUAUUAUGAUUCUGGAACAGAUGGGUUUGAAAAAUGUUAUCAACAAUGUAUGAGGUCAUGCACUGCAUUUUUGGAACAGUUGUAAUCAAAUAAACUAUAUAUAAUUUUGGCGUAUUUUAUAAACUUCAUAUCUGAAUACUACUUAAAAAUGACUGUCCUGCUCAUAUUAUAUUG